AUGAGUUCUACAGCUGUACCAAACGCGAAUUCAAAUUGUGUGGGACCUCAGUCCGAGCAAGCUGGAAAGGCGUCCGGAUGUGAGGGAUGCCCGAGUCGAGAGAAAUGUUCGUCGGGAGCGUUUCGAAAGCCCGAUCCCGCGGCCCAAUUGAUUAAGCAGAGAAUGUCUUCUAUAAAACACACAAUCAUGAUCCUUUCUGGAAAGGGAGGAGUCGGCAAGAGUACUGUUUCGUCGCAACUGGCAUUUGGCCUUGCAGCCCAAGGCUUCCAAGUUGGUAUUCUCGACAUUGAUAUUUGCGGCCCCAGUAUUCCACGCAUGAUGGGUGUGCUGAACGGCCAAGUCCAUCAGAGCAAUAGCGGCUGGGACCCUGUCUAUGUCGACGACAACCUUUCUGUUAUGAGUAUCGGCUUCCUCCUCAACGAUCCGAACGAUGCGGUCAUUUGGCGCGGAGCCAAGAAGCACGCUCUCAUUCAGCAGUUCCUCAGCGAAAUCAACUGGGGCGAGCUCGACUACCUCGUAAUCGACACUCCUCCGGGUACCUCCGACGAGCACAUCUCGAUUGUGAACUUCCUGCGCGAAGCCGGCAUCGAUGGCAGCAUUCUGGUCACCACGCCGCAGGAAGUCGCGCUCUCCGACGUCCGCAAGGAAAUUCGGUUCUGCCAGCGAUCGGGCAUUCCGCUGCUGGGCGUAAUCGAGAAUAUGAGCGAAUUGGCGGUAAUCAUUUCCCGCCAACGUGCAUCCUAG